GGCUGGGAGCAGAUCCACAGAGGUGCAGCUCCGCUCUUGUCUUUGUAGUGUCACACUGGGGGGCGAGGAAGGAGUUUUUUUUUGUUUUUCCCCUGUCCCUCAGUUCAGUCAGUGUGCGCCUCAGGAGAAGCAGGGACCCGCUCUCCUGCCUCACAAGUUUUCCACAGCUCGGUGCUAGCAGUAUUUGCGUCUUCCUUCCACCUGCUCCUUCUCCUGGGACGGAUUCCCCUCGGAGGAUACGCCAGGGCUGGGGCUCCCCCAGAAACUUCUUCUCCAUAAGUUCUGCGGAUCCUUUCAGGACCUGCAUGGAUUGUGGCGGAUCGUUGGUAGGAAGACACCCUGGACGCAUCUAGAGGUUGUGAAGAACGUCAUGAUGGUGGAAUCUGCAUCUGAAUCGAUUCGAUCAACUCCAACCAGUCAAAAUGGAGUUGGCAGUGUUCCCAACCAGUCAGAUGCAGGCGGAACAAGGGAAGGCAGCGCCGGCGGGGAGACUAAUGAAGAGUUAAGCACAGCAGAGCUCUUGCAUUUCCAGCAGCAACAGGCUCUACAGAUGGCCAGGCAGCUUUUGCUCCAGCAGGCAACAGGGCUGAGCACUCCUAGCAGUACUGAGAACAAGCAGCCGUCAGUCCAGGUCCCGGUUUCAGUCGCUAUGAUGUCCCCACAGAUGAUCACACAGCAACAGAUGCAGCAGAUUUUGUCUCCAGCCCAGCUCCAGGCUGUCAUGCAACAGCAGCAAGCUCUUAUGUUGCAGCAGCUUCAGGAAUAUUACAAGAAGCAACAGGAGCAGCUACACCUCCAGUUAUUUUCCCAGCAACAGGCAGGGAAACAGCAGCAUAAAGAGGCAGCACUGGGGAAUAAACAGCUAGCAUUCCAACAACAGCUAUUACAGAUGCAGCAGAUACAACAGCAGCACUUGUUAAAUCUACAGAGACAAAGCCUGGUAGGACUGCAGCCAGGCCAGGGACAAGUGACAUUGUCAGGCCUGCCACAAGCUGUGUCCCCAUCAGAUCUUCAGCAGCUCUUGAAGGAGAUGAGCAACAACCAAGAGGAUUCCAGCAAACAAGAUAAUGCUGAACUGCACAGCACAAUCUCUACCUCAUUCUCAAGCAGCAAGAUGUCUCCUCCCACAGUUCACCCUUCUUUACCUAAUGGUCAAAGUGCCCUACAAAACCUGCGGCGGGACAGUUCGUCACAUUAUGAGGUGCCCCCCAGUUCACACCUGCUUUAUGGACAUGGUGAAUGUCGGUGGCCAGGCUGUGAGGCUUUGUGCGAGGAUAUGGGACAGUUUAUCAAGCAUCUAAACACAGAACAUGCGCUGGAUGAUCGCAGCACAGCUCAGUGCCGGGUACAGAUGCAGGUGGUCCAACAGCUGGAAAUACAGCUGGCAAAAGAGAGUGAACGGUUACAAGCAAUGAUGACACAUCUGCACAUGAGACCCUCAGAACCAAAGCCCUUCAGUCAACCACUUAACUUGGUCUCCAGUGCAACCCACACAAAGAUGUCUUCAGACAACUACCCAGAUGGCUUACCUCAACCUCCAACCUCUGCAACAGCCCCCAUCACUCCAAUGAGAGCAGGUACUUCUGUGAUCAGCUCCUCAAGUCUACCUAGCAUGGGUCCUGUACGGAGAAGGAUAGUGGAUAAGUUCUGCACGCCAAUAUCCUCAGUUCUGCAGGCACAGAAACAGCUGUUCAGUGUGAGGACCCCAGCAUACAUCUCCACUUUCCACAGCAUCCUGGACCCUGAGCUUGCUCAGAAUCAUGAGUUUUAUAAAAAUGCUGAGGUUCGCCCACCCUUCACAUAUGCCUCACUUAUCCGACAGGCUAUUCUGGAUACACCAGACAGACAGCUGACUUUGAAUGAGAUUUACAAUUGGUUCACUCGCAUGUUUGCAUACUUCAGAAGGAACACAGCCACAUGGAAGAAUGCAGUUCGACACAACCUUAGUUUGCAUAAGUGCUUUGUGCGCGUGGAAAAUGUGAAAGGUGCUGUGUGGACCGUAGAUGAGCUGGAAUACCAAAAGAGGAGACCGCCAAAGAUGACAGGGAGCCCAACCCUUGUUAAGAAUAUGAUUUCAGGCCUUGGCUAUGGAGCAUUAAAUGCAAGCUACCAGGCUGCACUUGCAGAAAGUAGUUUCCCUCUGCUAAACAGCCCACCACUCCACAACAGUUCCGGCAGUGGAAUCCAUGGUGGACACGAUGAUGUCACCAGCACUGGGGAACCUGGAAACAGUAAUGGGAGCAGCCCUCGCCUUUCUCCACAAUACAGUCAGUCUGUUCAUGUCAAAGAAGAGCCGGCUGAAGAGGACGUCAGACCUGCCUCUCUCUCAGUUACUAACCCAAACACAGUGCUACCAGAAGACCAUGACUUGGAACCAGAGACAGCUAUGGAAGACUUGUCCUAAUAGCUUUAGUGCCCAAGUGUUACCUCCCUUGCCCCAAAGUCCAGCACUUCCAUCAGAAACCAAGUUGACCCUUUUACCCCAACCUUUGUUCAAUUAAAAAUGAAUGAGACUUGAACAUGACUAUUUACAACCCCUUGGGUCUUCCUUAAUCUGGCAGCACUUCAGUGACUUAUGGACAGAAGAGGGAUGUCCCACAAUCACCAAGGAAAUAUGGAAUUAUGGAAUGGGCACUGAUGCUAUAUGGCCAGAUAUUAGCCGCAAAGGGGCACUCCUGUGUUCUUAUCCCUUCUGCACAUUAUGGAAAGUAUGGACUCCUUUUAUAGAUGGCUCAGAGGAGCAUGCCUGGACUUCUUUCUCCAUCCCACUAAGCAUGCAGGACUGGGUGUCCCUUAAAUUAUCUUUUCUAGCUCUUUUGCCUGGUCACUUAUGAAGGUACCAAAAACCCAGACUUUAUUUAUUUUCUUUGCUUGUUUUGGAUCAACGUUACUGCUGGCAUUCCUCACUCAUACAUGUGAGCAUAUGGUACGUACACUAACAGAUGAGUCCAGACACAUCCAAAAUACCAACAUAAUACAUAGAGAAUUCGCGCUUCCGUGGUAGACAAAUGCACACGUGGAAGACCCAAGAGCAGUGUUGUUGUGCCUUGGAGGGAAUUUGUGCAUCAUAAAAAUAGGACAAAUGCUGCUUUGUAUGUCUACAAAACAAAAAGAAAAAAAAAAGACACAUGAACACAUGGACUUAUCUCUUCAAAAACUUUCCAAAUAUUUUUUAUACUAGUUAGAUAUUGCUCUAGGAUGGUGCAAACUACAUUCACUGAAGUUCUACUGAAAAUCAGCUAAAAAUUUCAUUUUACAAUCGACAAUAUGGUCUCCAUUCAUAAGCUGCACAAACAGCACUUAUAGCCAUCAGUCAUAAGAGUGCUGUAUGUUGCUAUAUACUUUUGUAUAAAGAUGAUUUCCUUGGUGGCAUGUGGCACAAGAUAUCUAGUCUCCAGUUUUCAGUGUCUAAGGCCAUAUGCCCAUGGUGCGUAUCUUGUGCAAAUCUUCUGUUUUGGAAAAUCUGCAGCAUAAUACAGUACCAACAAGGUAGAUGAGAUUUUCAGUCUCUUCUACACGGUCUGCAAAUUUUCCGCAUGUAAGUUGAUUUUGAAAUCCUUAGCAUGUCAAUUGCCUGCGCAGAUUUUAGGCACACACCCAAAGCCAUGACAAUAUCCUCAUGCAAAGCAUGUAGAUGUUGGUGUGAAUUUGUCUGAAAAUCUGCAUAAACUACACUGCCAUGUAUAUUUACCCUAAUAACUUAUUCACAUGACUGUAUUUUUCUUCAGUGUGUUAUCAGGCUUUAAAGGGAAUGUGUCAUCCCAAAAAAUUUCUGCCAUUUCAAAUGAGAUAGCAAAACAUAUCCUUUUUUACUAAUCUAUUUUUGUUUUCUGUUUGAAGAUUUUUUUAAUUCUAUUUCCUGAACAUAAUUAUGGGGGCAGCCAUCUUGUCUGAGCAUUUAAAGAAUUGCUUUACGGCACCCACAUGGACCAUAGACACAAUGGACAGGAGGGGACCUCAUUCACAUCUAUGAGUGUGUUCUAUGCAUACUCUGUGACCUGUGCAGAGGAUAUUUUACAGGCAAUCAGUAGAUAAUCUUUGGCGAUCACCUAUUGUGAAUGGAGGAUCCUGUGUUAUCCAUAAACAGAGGUGAUAUAUGCCAUUCUAAACCGACCUGUAAUUAUAAGCAGAUAACUGCAGUAAAGUGAUCUCUA